UUCGGGCACACAGACCGAGCAGCGGGCUGAGACCCAGAAAAGGAGACUGAGGCCAGAGGCACCACACAAGGCUGAGUGAGACCCAGGAGACAGCCUCUGAGAGGACACUUGGGUCCCCACUUGGAAUAGAGACCAGACCAGAGACCAGGAUGAAGCUGGACUUGGCUGUGUGUUGUGCGCUGGUGCUGAUGCUGAUGACCACGGUGCUGACCAGCACAGGAGCAGUUCCCGUCACCACGCCCCUCCCGACCCUCCUGGGUGCAAGGGGCUGCAACAUGGCCCAGUUCAAGUCUCUGCCCCCACAAGAGAUGAAAGCCUUCAGGAGGGCCAAGGACGCCUUGGAAGAGUCCCUCCUGCUGAGGAUCCAGAGCUGCAGCUCCCGCCCAUUCCCCAGGACCUGGGACCUGAGGCAGCUGCAGGUGUGGGAGCGCCCUGUGGCCUUGGAGGCUGAGCUGGCCCUGACACUGAAGGUCCUGGAGACCGUGGCUAACUCGACCCUGGGGGACCUCCUGGAUCAGCCCCUUCACAUGCUGCGCCACAUCCACUCCAAGCUUCAGGCCUGUGUCCCAGCUCAGUCCACAGCAGGCCCCAGGCCCCGGGGCCGCCUCCGCCAAUGGCUGCGCCGCCUCCAGGAGGCUGAGAAGAAGGAAUCCCGUGGCUGCCUUGAAGCUUCUGUCGUAUCCAACCUCUUCCACCUCCUCGUCGGUGACCUGAGAUGUGUCGCUGAUGGAGACCUGUGUGUGUGACCCUCAGGCCCACCUGCCUCCUGUCCCAGCAUCUUGGGUUUUAUUUAUGCAUCCCUCACGUUUCUUAAUUUAUUGCCA